AGCUGAUAUAUGCCUGUCUUAUCAAGAUGGAAAUAUAAUGCAUAAUACAAUGAAUGAAUUAUUAUGGUGUUAUCACGGACUAUAUUCCGAGGGUAUUAUUCAUAAAAAAAUGUGAUUUAGGUAUUUUAUUUAUUUCAUUCAUUCGUGAUAUUAAUUUUAUCAAGUGUGUUAUUAAUUUAAAUUUUAUGAAAAUAUGGCAUAAUAAAUUGUUUUGUAAAUUUUACUUGUAUCAUGUAUUGAAUGUAUAUUAUUCAUAUUUUUUUAAUUUACCCUCAAAUUAUUGUAUUGCAACAUAUAUCCUUACGUAUACCUACAUAGUAGGUAAGUAAUUAUUUUAAACAAAAAUGAUUUAAUGUGCAUUAUAUAUUCUUUAUGCACAUUUAAUUUUUCUUUUUUUAGAUUUUUUUUGCUUUUAUAAUGGGAGAACUUCCAGAAGAGUUCAUGAAAACAUUUAGAACACAACAGAUUCACCCAACUAUAAACGAUAUUGACUAUGUACAAUGUUUACCACUCAACCUUGAAAAAGGAUCAUAUAAAUCUGAAGAUCACUAUUUAGACACGCAAUUUCAUCUUCUUCGUGAAGACUUUAUUUAUCCGCUAAGAAAAGCCAUUCAAUAUUAUCGUAAAAAUAGAAUUACGAGUGGUACUAAUCUAGUAUGUAAUAAGGUAUUAUUUGAUGGAUCUAGAGAGUUUUUUGGAAAUAAAUUGGGUUUCGUAAUUACAUUUGACCCAAAUUUAUAUAAUAUAAAUUUGUUUAUAAAUGGUUUCUUAUUACUAUUUUCAAAAGAUGAUUUUACCACAUUUUUUGUUGGACUUGUAUUGAAAGAUGAUAAAGAAUAUUUAAAAAAAGGUAUUUUAUUGGUAGAAAUGCUUGGUGAUAUAGAUAUUAGACCAAAUACUAUUCUUUCAAUGGGACAAUGUGAACAAUUUUAUGUACCUUACAAUUGGACACUCAAAGCCUUACAACAGAUGCACUCUCAAACAUUUCCAUUAAAAGAGUAUAUAGUGUUUGCUUCAAACAAACCAUGUGCCCCUGAAUACUUAAACGACUCUAACACUCAGAAAUAUGAUAUUGAUGAUUACAAAUUUAAUAUUUUAAAAGAUGAUGAAUGGCCUACUGAAAUUUAUCUACAACAAGAGCAUAAUCAAUAUAAAGCAUUUAAGGCAGCAUUAACUCAAAAGUAUGUUUUAAUUCAAGGAGUUCCAGGAACAGGAAAAACGUAUAUUGGUCAAAAAAUAGUAAAAGUAAUGAUUGAAAAUUUAUAUACUACAGGACGAUUAAAAAAUCCUAUUGCUGUAAUCUGCAAUAACAACCACACAUUAGAUCAUUUUUUAGAAGGCGUUUUAAAAAUAACUGACAAACUUGUUAGGAUUGGUUGUCAAUCAAAAUGUGAAGCUUUAAAAAAAUAUAGUUUAAAAGAAAUAGUGAAACUUAAUAAAUUAAAAAUAGAUAAUGUUUUAGAACAAGAAUUAAAAGUUAAAGAACAAGCUAUUUUAAAAUGUUAUGAAGAAUGUGAUAAAUUAUAUACAGGUAUUUUGGAUUGGAGUAUUUUAAAAUCUGUAGUACCAGAAAUGUCAUUUAAUACUUUUAUAGAUUCUUGGGAUUUUCUUAACUGGUUAUUUCAUCCAUAUCCUGUAGACAAGAUGAUAAAAAAUUAUAAACGAGAUGAUGUGGUAUCCAAUCAGCAUUGUUUAAUACUAGAUGAUAUCAAACAAUGUUUAUUAAAACUAACAGAACAAGUAACUGAAGGCAGUGAAUAUCAUUCAUUAAAAAUAAAACAAGAAUUAAAAAUGUUAAAGAAAUUUUAUGAAUAUUUUGAAUACAUGUUAGCUUUUGAUGACUCUAAUAUAAAUUCCCUUAUUGUUAAUGAUAUACAUUUAAUACCAGCAGACCAAAGAUGGGUUCUAUACUAUAAUUGGGUGCAGAGAAUUGUUAACAAUUAUAAAAAUAUGUUGACUCCAAUAUGGAAAGAAUAUAAUGAAUUAUGUAAAAAACUUGAUCAAAAUAGAUUAGAACAAACAGUAAAUUUAUUAAAGAACAUUCAUAUAAUUGGGCUUACUACUACUGGAGCAGUAAAAAACAAAGAUUUAUUAGAACAUUUAAAACCACCAAUUGGUAAGUAUACACAUUUUAACAAUGAUACUAUGUCCACAGAUUAUUUAUAUACGUGGGUGUAGAAUGGAAGGGUGAGCUAUAGCCUAGCAGGAAAAUGUUUUCUCAUUACCCCCUUUUAGAAUCAUUCUGAGCAGAGCAAGGAAUGAAUUGGUUUUACAAUGAAAUUUGGUUUUUUUACCGGAUCAUUUUUUGGUUUUCUUAGGAAUUUUCAUAAUAAAUGGAAAAUUUACAAAAUGUAUUAUUUUCAAUUUGGUCCAGCAGUCCUAGAAACUGUUUCUUCUUCAUAUUAUUUUUCAAUGUAUUCAACAUCAUCUGUUAUACAUUCUUUAUUUUAUUCUUCCAAUUAUUGUUUCCAUCUUUCGCUUAUGUAAUCUAUGUUUAUAAGUACGAAAUGGGACAUUUUGGCAUGAAGCCGUUUUGGUGUAAACACAAUAAUAUAUACCUUUAAAUUAUUUUAAAUUAAAUGUAUUCCUUCAGCCCUUACUUAAAUGGUAAUUAUUUUGGAAGAUUACAAUUAAAUGAACGUUGGCAAAGACUGCUAAAUUUUCUGUAUCGAUUUGGAAUUUACAUGAAUGAGUUCUAAAUGGUAUACAUAGAACGAAUAAUCAUUCAGAGUCUACCAAUUCAAGACUAAAUGUUGAAAUAGAAAUGGUCUAUCCUACAUUAUAGUCAUACAUAAUAUGCUUAAAAAAGAUCCAAACUAGAAGGGAUACAUAUAUAUACCAAUUGGAAUCGGGAAGAUUUUUUUUUGGUAAAAAAUUAAAAAAAAUUUUGACAUACAAAACAUUACCAAAAAUAAUUCAAGAAUUAGACAUUUUAACAUGUUUAAGCUCAUAAUGUUUCAUUUAAUAAUUUUGUUUUUUCUUACAAGUUUUCCAGCAUAAAUUUUCCAUUGUAUUUUUAAUUAACUGUAAUUAAAUAAAUUAAUAAUUAUAAUCAAAACAGUUUUAAUAUAUCAAUUUACACGCCAAAAUGUCCCAACUCAAACGAUAAUAAUAAAAUAAAGAGGGGUCUAGGACAUUUUUGACUGGCCAUUAUCCACAGUUUUUUAGUUUCUAAGCUUUUACAGAGUUGCAUUGGAUGCAUUUCAUAUAGUAUUGAGUAUGGCCAGUAAUUUCUUUAUUUUUUCAUCUAUACUGAAAAUCUUAUUUUAAUGAUUUUUCAGUUUUAUUUUGUAUUUCUUAUACUUUCAACAGCGCUUUGUCAUAACUAGUUUAUGAUCACUACCAACUUCUAUGUCAGGGUAGUGCGAAUGCAUAUAUGUAUUUAUAUGUGUGUUUGUAUUCGAGCAUCUUAAAACAGUACAAUUGAUAUAACUUGUGGCGCUUGUGACUUCUCCUGGGCACAUCUAUAUUUAUAGGUUUUCAAUAACCUUCUUUGUUUUGAUGUUUUUUGUAUUCAGACAUUUUUUUUUUAAUGAAUCCAAAAAAGAGUUUUAGAGGGUUGGUUGGUAAAAAAUGUGAGGUUUCACAUAACUUAUGCCAACAAAUUGUAACUGACCAACUGUAAAUGGCGUGCAGAGUGACAGCAAAGUUUGUCUUAAUAAUAUGGAGGAAAUGUCAAGAAUCAAAAACAAGUUCAUGUUUGUACGAAACUUUUUGGUAUAGUAAAUGAAAAUAAAAACUUUUUAAUAUUUAUUUUAAUAAAACAUUACCUGUAUCAUUGUGUAAUUAUCAAAAUAAAAUAAAAAUUUCCUCUUUUAAACAAAUUUAAAAAAAUCGACAAAUAUGAAAAACUUAUUUUAUAAAAACAUCAAAACAAAGAAGGUUAUUGAGUAUCUACAAUUACAGAUGUGCUGAGGAGAAAUUAUAAAAGCCAGUGAUAUCACUGCUCUUAGAUGCUCUUGCACGCAGUUCAAACAGGAACUUUUUGAUCCUAUCUCAUAUAUCAACUAAACAUUUAAUUUUUAUUAUCAUGAAAUGAAAUAUGUUUUUCAAGAAAUACUAAUGACUAUCUUCUCUCUGCUCAAGAAUCUAAUAAGUGAUAAAAUAAAACCAAAUAUAUAUCAUUGAUUGUUACCAUGUACUAAUACGCCUAUUUUUAUAAACUUUUCUUUAUCAAUGUGUAUUAAAUAUACAUUUUAAUUAAAGUAUAUAUAUAUCCAAUUUUGAAAUUUCCAAUAAUAAUGGAAUAAUAUUGUUGUAUCACCGAUUUUAUUUGGUCUAAAAAUUAUAGUUAAACUAUAAAACCAAAAACCUGAAGAAAACUGAAUGGUUACUAAUAAUUGUUCAAAUUGUGAAUUAAUCACUAAACUAAUUAAUAAUUAUUUUAGCUUAUGUAUUGAAAGAUAGUUUUAAGUUAAAUUAUCCUGCUGAAUUUGAUUAGUAAAUAUAUAUGUUUAUGUGUAUACUAUUAUCCUCAUAAUUAGUUUGAAUUUACCUAUAAUUGUUUAUUUUGUAUAGUCAUUGUUGAAGAAGGUACUGAAGCUCUAGAACCUUAUAUAGUUUCUUCAUUGACUGAACAUGUUCAACAUUUGAUUCUCAUUGGUAUGUUUACAUUUUUAUUUAUUGAUAAAUAAUAUCUAAUUUUAUAUUUUUAAAAAAAUGUAUAAUUACAUAUAUAUAUUUAAAUACCUAUUAAGUUGAAUUGUGUUUAGUGGAAAUCAUUUUAUAGUGAACAAAUAUAUUGAAGAGAUCUUGUUGUUAUUACAAUAUUUUAUUAUGUUAUUGAUAUUUUGAUCAUUUAUAAAAUUAGUAUCAUGAAUUAGUUUAAAAUUACCAAUUUGCUUAUUGUACUCAAUUAACUAUAUUAUAUUAUAUUACUUAUAUUAUGUGCAUUAAGUUAUAAAUUAAAUCAUUUUUUUUUUUUUUCAAUAUAGGUGAUCAAAAAGUAGAACGCCCAAAAACCACUUACAAUUUAGCAAAAAUGUAUAACUUUAAUCAAACACUUAUGGAACGCACAUUAAAUAAUGGUUUACCUUUAAAUAGACUUACUAAACAAUUUAGAAUGCGACCAGAAAUAAUGUCAUUAGUUUUACCAUUUAUUACUGAUCAAUUAGAAAGCAGUGAUCAUACAUGUAAUUUGUUAAAUGUUGCAGGAAUAACAAAAAAUGUAUAUUUUAUCGAUCACAAUGUAAUAGAGGUAAAUAGAAAUUUUUAGUUUUAUUUAAGAAUAUUAUAUUUAAACAUUUUAAUUAGGAAUGCAAUAAUAAGAAUCAUACAAAUUUACAUGAAUUAAAAUUUAUAAUAGAACUUGCCCGUUAUCUUUGUUUACAAAAUUAUAAGCCUGAAGAAAUAAUGAUUUUAACUUCACAUAAAGAUCAAGUUCAUGAAUUAAUAAAGGUAUACUUGGUUUAAAAAUUUACUGAUAAUUUUAAGUAUUAUUCUACUUUUAAAUGUUUAUUGUAAUUAUUAAUUUUAGCAUAAACAAGAAUCUUUGCUUAUUAAAAAUAUAUAUGUAUCAUCUGUGGACAACUGCUCAUUACCUGAAUGUGAAAUUGUAUUGCUGUCUACUGUACACAGUAAUAAAGAAGACUCAGGAUUUUGGAAACACGAAAAUCGAAUUUGUUCUGCUUUAACAAAAGCAAAAAUUGGAUUAUACAUUAUUGGAAAUAUGGACAAUCUUAUUAAUCAAUGUGAAUUAUGGAAUAAUGUUAAAACUUCUCUUCAGAGUCUACAGUCCAUAGGUAUAGCCAAUAUUUUAGAUUCUGAGCGUAGCAGGGGAUCUAUUGAUUUACUAUGUUGAGAGAUUUUUACAUAGUUUUUAUUUUAUAGGUAUUCUGUAGAUAGAAUGUUUUGAUUAAAAAAAGCAUUGCAAAUUUAAUUUGAGAUUCAUUAAAAAUUUAACUUAGUGAUCAAAAAAAAAAAAAAAAAUUGAGCAUAAUGUAAUAGUUUUUUUUUUAAUUAGUUUAAGAUCAAAUGUUGAUGAACAUCAUAAAUAUUAUAGCAUUUCAAAAUAUAUAAUCGAACUUAGUUCAUUUUUCACUAUUUUGUUUCAGUAGCAUGAUUUAUCGUUACUUACAGAUAUAAAUUAAAUAACCUUUACAUCUUUCCACCUACAACAUAGGAACACCCAUUAGUAGUAUAAGCUCUAUUUAAUUUUGUUUUAUAUUAUUUUUAAUCCACAAAUAUUAUUUUUUCUUUCUUUUGGGUUAUCCAGUUGCUAGGACCAUCCUGUCUCACAACCAAUUCUCCAGCCGACCAUUCAUUGGCAAAUCCUUUCAAUUUACUCCGCCUCCUAAUUUUUCUACAACAUCCUUCUUAAAUAUAUCUUCCCAUCUCAAUUUUGGUCUUCCCAAGGGUCUUUUUCCUAUUAGAAUCUGUUCUAAUAACAUUCUUAACAGAUAGUUCUGGCUUCUCAUUGCAUGUCCUGCCCAGCGCAACCUUUCUUUUGUAAUCAUCUCUACUAUACUAAUCUAACAAAUAUUAAAUAAAUAUAUAUUUAUUUUAGGAAGUGAAUUAACUUUAGAAUGUUCUAUUCAUAAAGGAACAUUAUCCAAAGUUUCAAAAGCCGAAGAUUUUAUAAAUCGAAAAUGUCCUCGGCCAUGUUUGCAGCAAUUAAAAUGCAAUCAUUAUUGUCAAAGUAUUUGUCAUACACGUGAUCGUGAACAUAUUUAUAUGUUUAAAUGCCGAAAUAUAAACUGCAGGUUUGUUUUAUAAAAACUUAAAUUGAUGUAUUUCAUUCCAACACUUUAAUAAUUUAAAAAUGAUUACUGCCAAAUACAUUUUUAUUUAUCUUUCCCUUAACUUUAAUUCAAACAUAGUAUGUUAUUCCACAGAAUUUUCUAUUUUUAAUAGUUCAUAUUAUUAUAAUUAUGUCCUAGUGAUUUAUUUAUAUAUAGAAAAAGAUUUAAAAUUUAUAUUUAUGAUGUUAAUGGUAUAGUGUUAUAAUUCAAAAUUUAACAAACUGUUCAAUUUUUAAAUUGAAAAUUGUUAAUAAUAGAACUAAACCAAAUACCCAAUAAUUUGAUUAGAAAAUCAUUUAAUGCCGAUUCUGUGCCAUCACCAAUAUGAUGUUUUGUGGUGGGACAGUGGCCUUGUUACAAAAAAGAAAAAUUCUAUUUUUUUCGUAUUAGUGGAUCUCAUAAUAGUAAAUCACGGAGCUGAGCAGUUUGAGAACUUUUUGACCUAACUUAACCUUUUUACUUUUUUAAUGUUCGAGUUAGAUAAAGUAUUUUAAAAGUUUGGUUCGGUUCGGGUUUGAAUAAAAAUGUGUAAGCUCAGUUAGAUUCGGGUUCAUUAAUUUUAAGGAAAGGAUAUUCUUAAGUUUAGUUCUGUUCGAACUUAAAAAUCAGGGUUAGUAACAUCUCUAGUUAUAAUACAUCUAGUUAAAUUAAUUAUCUAAUUUUGAAUAUUUAAAUGCAAUAUUACUAUUUUUAUUUUGUACACAAUUUAAAUCUUCAAAACUUUUAACCAUAAUUUAACUUAAGUUAAAAAUUUAAAUUUUAAAUUGUAUACAUUGGUGUAAGUUAAGUUAAAAUACAAUUUAUUUCAUGUUAAUACUAAAAUGUUAGAGCUGAAACUCGAAACUUAUUGAUUUUAUCUGUGAUAAAUCAUUAUAUAAUAUGAAUCUGAAUAAUAAUAAUAAUAAUUAUUUAUUUAUUUUAUCAGUUGGUAUUGUUAAUUAUUACAAAAUUUAAUUUUGCAUAUUUUUGUAGACAUUUUUAUUGAUAAUGUAUUUUCAGUAAUUUAUUGAAUUUUUAAUCAAAUUUAAUCCGUAAAACAUAUUCAUAUUGUAUAUAGAUAUUUUUUAUACAACAAAAAUAUUCUUCUUCAAUUAAUAAUAAUAUUGUAUUUAUGAAAAAGACGGCUCUCAUAAUAUUUUGCUUUACUAUAUAAAUUAUAAGCAAUGAUAUUAGGGGUGUAUUUAAAGGUUGGGGUAUGGUUAUUAGACCCCCUAGACUAAAUUUACCCCCCCCCCCUCAAUCAAAAAUUUCUCUAUUUAUAUUGUAUUAGGUAUAAGGUAUGAAGAGUUCAUAAACAUUUAUGUUUGAAGUAAAACUGUUCAGAACAAAUCUAUGAUUUUAUAUUUUAUAUUGUUAUUAAAAGUGUAAUCAAAACAUUAAAAGAUAGUUUAAAUAAAGAGUCAUUUAAAUGUUUAUGAUGUGAACUAAUAGAAUUUUUCAAAAGAUUUAAAAUAAAUAUUCAUGUUCUGACCAACUAUAAAAAAAAAAAAGUAUAUUAACAAUUUCAUGAUUUUUUUUUUUCAGAUCAUCUAAAUCACUAAUCCGUUUUCCAUUAAGGGACAUAUUUCUUCUGUUUUGGGAAUACACUAAAAAUAUUAUUUAUGAAGUAAUUAAUCAACCUAUUUGAAAUGGUUGUUUAACCAUUUCAUCAUGACAUUGGUUUAUAAUUAUAAAUUUUAUAUAUUUAUAACUAUUAGAUUAUUAGUUUAAUGUUUUUAGCUAAAGUGAAAAUCAAGUAAUUACAUGGUGCCUAAUAAAUAUACCUAGUCAUAUCCUGUAUUGGACACUAAAUGUAUUAAUAAAAUGUUCCUUCAUUUACACUUAUUUAUUUAAUUUUUGUUUAAAAACAUAAAAUUGUUGUAGUUGUUAUUUUUCAAUAUUAUAAUCAAUUACAUUUCUAACUAUAUUAUAUAAAUCAUUCAAAAUCUCACCCUCUUCUUUUUUGAUACAAUAAUGUAAACCUUCCAAUGACUGCUUAAUGCAAGUAUGAAUCCUCUCC